AUGGAGAGCAAGCCAGCAGUGAAUGGCCAUGCUGCCCUCAUCUCUCACCAGGAAAACAUGCCAGGAGCAAACCACUUGUGCCAGGACAUAAUGCCUUGCAAACAGAAAAAAGCAGCUGACAGGGAUGUGACAGUGAUGGAUGCUUCUAGCGAGCCCUCUAAGGCAGCUGGCAGCGUUGCUGGAGUGUAUGUAGAGGUUUCAAAGAAGAUAAUGAGCUUUUAUGAUGCCACCAGAGAGCACCUCCUGAGUCUGGAUUCAGCACUCUGUCUUCUCGAGGCCCAGGCAGCCAUGGGCUUUAUCAUUGACCCGGUGAAGAACAGGCAUGUCUCCGUGGCAGAAGCUGUGCAUCUGGGGCUGGUGGGGCUGGAGCUGAAGGAAAGGUUGCUCGCUGCAGAGAAAGCUGCUACUGGCUUUGUGGACCCCUACACAGAAGAGAAAAUCUCCCUCUACCAGGCGAUCCAGAAGGACCUGAUCGGGAGGGAGCAAGGAACCCGGCUGUUGGAGGCCCAGAUUGCAACCGGAGGCAUCAUUGAGCCAGCCACUGGCUGCCGGCUCCCCGCAGAUGUUGCCUGUGAGAGGGGAUAUUUAGAUGAAGAGAUGAGCCAGCUCAUCUCUGACCCCAGCAAUGAGGCCAGCAAAGGAUUCCUCAACCCCAGUACUAUGGAGAGGGUCACUUAUACGGAGCUUAUAAAGAGGUGUAUUGUUGAUCCAGCCUCAGGCUUCCUCCUCUUGCCCCUGCAAAUCACGUUCCCAGGUCUGGGAGGGAGGGUGAGCAGCAGGGAUCUUUUUGACUCUGGCAUCAUCAGCUCUGACAUGUUCAGAGGUCUUGAGGAGGGAAGAGUUUCUGCCCAGGAGGUAGCAGAAAAUGACUCUGUUCAGCAGUUCCUGCAUGGGACAAGGAGCGUGGCUGGUGUUGUCCUGCCUUCCGGUGAGCGGAAAAGCCUUUACCAGGCACUGAGAGAGCACCUCCUGGUGCCUGGCACUGCUCUGAUGCUCCUGCAAGUCCAAGCCUCCACGGGCAGCCUAACAGACCCCAUAAAGAACAAAAGCUACUCAGUUGAUGAGGCUGUCAGGGUUGGUCUCAUCGGCCCAGAGCUUCACGAGAAACUGUCUUCAGCUGAGAGAACCAUCACUGGAUACAGGGACCCUUACACUGGAGAAAUGCUGUCUCUGUUCCAAGCCAUCAGGAAAGGCUUCAUCCCCAAGGAUCAUGGCAUUUGCCUUCUGGAGGCUCAGAUGGCUACAGGGGGUAUAAUUGCUCCAGGCAGGCACCUCCGUGUCCCUACAGAGACAGCUUGUAAGUGGGGGUACCUGGACGAGGCCACAAGACAGCUCCUCUCCAGUCCUACUGAUGACAUGAAAGGGUUCUUUGACCCCAGCUCCAAGGAGAAGCUGACCUAUGCAGACCUGCUCAAGCGCUGUGUCACUGAUCCCAACACGGGGCUCCUUCUGCUGCCGAUUGGUGGGGACAGCAGAGAAGAAUCCAAGGGAACCCACCUCUUUUUUGACCAUAGGACCCAAACAACUCUGGAAAACACACAGGUAUCCGUUGCUUUAGGUAAAUUCAAGGGAAAGUCAGUGUCUCUCUGGAAACUCCUCUUCUCAGACUACAUCCAAAGUGAGCAAAGAGCUGCUCUCACUCAGCAGUACCUUGCAGGAAUGCUCUCUACACAAGAAUUGGGUAAGGUAGUCAGUGCCACCAUUGAGGAAAUGGCUUCCACUGCUAAUGUCACUUUUGAAGGACUGAGGGACCGUGUGACAGCUGACCAGCUUCUGAGCUCAGAAAUUAUCAACAAAGAUUUGUUUAAGAAACUGAAGGAGGGAGAAACAUCAGCCAAAGAAGUUGUUGGCAUGGACACUGUCAAGAAGUACCUGCAAGGGACAGGUAGCAUUGGUGGUCUGCUGCUUCCUGACUCCCAGGAGAAGAUCAGCAUCUACCAGGCAAAGCGGAAAGGACUUUUAAGGCCAGGAACAUCACUGAUCCUCCUGGAGGCACAGGCUGCCACUGGAUUUAUCAUUGACCCAGCUGCCAACAAAAGGUACUCUGUAGAUGAGGCUCUAAGAGCGAACAUCAUUGGCCCAGAUGUUUACAACAAGCUACUGACUGCAGAGAAAUCAGUCACUGGCUAUAGAGAUCCUUACUCAGGGAACAAGAUCUCCCUCUUCCAGGCCAUGAAGAAAGAGUUCAUUGUGAAGGAACAUGCUAUCCGCCUGCUUGAGGCCCAGAUCGCCACCGGCGGCAUCAUCGACCCUGUCAACAGCCACCGCAUCCCUGUGGAGGUGGCCUACAAGCGCGGCUACUUUGACAAGAAGAUGAAUGUAAUCCUUUCUGAUCCCAGUGAUGAUACCAAGGGCUUCUUCGACCCCAACACUCACGAGAACCUCACCUACCUGCAGCUGAAGGAGAAGUGCAUCACAGAGCCCUCCACAGGGCUCUGCCUCCUUCCCCUGAACAGCAGGAAGCGCCAGUUCAUCGAUGAUGACACCAGACGGGUGUUCAGGAGCUCCUGGCUGCCGGUCAGGUUUGGGCGGUUACGGGGGGAGAAGGUCUCUGUGUGGGACCUGCUGAACUCCGAGUACUUUAGCGAGGGCAGGCGCCGAGAGAUAUUCAACCACUACCAGCUGAAGAAGCUCACCCUGGAGCAAAUUCGAAUCAUGUUAGAGGAGGAAAUGAAAAAAUGGGCCCCCAUCAAGUUCCCAGCCAUGAGAGGCAGUGUCAGCGCUUACCACCUGAUGGAAACAGGUGUCAUUGACAAGGCCCUGUUUGAGAAGGUGUUGGAGGGAUCCAUCACACCUAAGGAAGUUCUGCACAUGGACUCUGUCAGAAAGUAUCUCUACGGCUCUGGCAGCAUCGGAGGUGUUGUGCUCCAGCCAUCAAACCAGAGGUUAAGCAUUUAUGAGGCCAUGAAGCAAAACAUUGUUGUACCAGGAGUAGCCCUCCCAUUGCUAGAGGCCCAGGCUGCCACAGGCUUCAUCAUUGACCCAGUGAACAACCAGAAACUCUGUGUGGAUGAUGCUGUCAAGGAGGGAGUCAUUGGGCCAGAAGUCCAUGAGAAGCUGCAGCAUGCAGAGGGGGCUGUAACAGGCUAUAAAGAUCCUUUCACAGGCAAGAAAAUACCCCUCUUCCAGGCAAUGAAGAAGGGCCUGAUUGCGGACAGCCAAGCCAUGCAGCUGAUGGAGGUGCAGAUGGCUACAGGAGGCAUCAUUGACCCAGCAUGUGGCCACUAUAUCCCCAUAGAAUCUGCCCAGAAGCGAGGGUGCCUGGAUGAGGAUACAAGCAAAGCCCUUUCUAAACCCAGUGACAACAACAGAACCUUCUGUGUCCCCGACAGCAAAGAGACUGUGACCUAUGCGGAGCUAAUCAAGCGCUGUCAGAAGGAUGAGAUCUCUGGCUUCCACUUGCUGCCUCUGCCACAGACAGCUGCUCCUGCCUACACUGAUGAACAAAUCCAACAGAUUUUCAAGGAAACUGUGGUGAAGGAAAAAGGGGUCUCCCUCUGGGAGCUAAUCCACUCUGGGUAUUUCACUGAAGAGCAGGGAAGACACUUCGUGGAGAGGUUCCGGUCUGAGGAAAUGUCGCUGGAGCAGCUGGUUGCUCUUGUGCUCAGACUGGUUGAGGAGAUGGAAAUGAAAGCCCGCACCCAGAUCACCUUUGAAGGUUUGCGGGGCAGUGUCCCUGCAGUAUGGCUGCUGGAUGCUGGCAUCAUUACUGAGAAGAUGUUUGAAGAACUGGCUCAGGGCAGAAGAGCUCCAGAGGAAGUGGCUGCGAUGGAGAGUGUGAAGAGGUACUUGCAGGGCACAGGCAGCAUCGCUGGGGUAUUCAUAGAGGCAUCCAAAAAGAAGAUGAGCUUUUACGAUGCCAUGAAAAACAACUUACUCCUCCCUGGGGCUGCUCUGAGACUGCUAGAAGCUCAGGCAGCCACAGGAUACUUAACUGACCCAGCAACAAACCAGAGACUCAGUGUGAGGGAUGCUGUGAAAGCAGCAGUUGUUGGAGAAGAACUCACUGAGAAACUCCUUCUUGCUGAGAGGGCAGUGACCGGUUACACAGAUCCCUACACAGGGAACUCCAUCUCACUGUGCCAAGCGCUCAGGAAAGAGCUGAUUCCCCUGGAAGAUGCUAUUCCCUUCCUAGAGGCCCAGUUGGCCACAGGAGGGGUCAUUGAUCCCAUUCACCAUCAUCACCUUCCACUCCAGGCUGCAUGCAGGUACGGCUUCUAUGAUGAAAACCUGAACCAAACCCUCUCUCGGAUGAAUGACAGCACCAAAGUCUUUUUUGAUCCAAACACAAAGGAGAACGUGACCUACCAGCAGCUGAAGGACAGGUGCAUUCACGAGGCUGAGUCAGGUCUCUGGCUGCUUCCUCUGUCAGAAAAUGUGAUGUUCUGUGUGGAUGAACAAACCAUGGAGGUGAUGAAAUCUGUGACUGUUUGUGUCAAUGUAGGGCGGUUCAAAGGACAGACAGUGUCAGUCUGGGACCUUCUUAACUCUGAAUACCUCUCAGACGGCAAAAGAAGAGAGCUAGUGCAAAAGUACAAAGACGAAAAUACUGAAGUGCUGCAGGAAAUUGUAACAAGUGUCACCACAAUCAUCAAAGAGACUGAGACACAGGGCAAGAAAUUUGCAUUCAGGGGCCUGAGGAAAAGAGUAUCUGCCAGUGACCUCUUCCAGUCUCAACUGAUAGACAAAAAAACCCUUGAUGAGCUCAACCAGGGGAAGAAAACAGUCAAAGAAGUGACUGAAAUGGACUCUGUCCGCAGGUACCUAGAGGGCAGCAAUUUCAUAGCAGGGGUCCUUAUACAGCCAAGCAAUGAGAAGAUGAGCAUCUACCAAGCCAUGAGGAAGGGCAUCCUGAGGCCAGGGACAGCACUGGUGCUGCUGGAGGCACAGGCUGCCACUGGCUACAUCAUUGACCCAGAGAAAAACAAGAAGUUUUCAGUGGAGGAAGCAUUAACUGCAGGCCUAAUUGGAGGGGAGAUUUUUGAAAAGCUACUCUGUGCAGAAAGAGCUGUGACAGGCUACACUGACCCCUACACAAAAGCCCCGAUGUCCCUAUUUGAAGCUAUGAACCAAGGACUGAUUGUGAAGAGCCACGGCAUCCGCCUGCUCGAGGCCCAGAUCGCCACCGGCGGCAUCAUCGACCCCGUGCACAGCCACCGCCUCCCCGUGGAGGUGGCCUACCGGCGCGGCUACUUUGACCAGGAGAUGAACCAGAUCCUCUCCGACCCCAGCGAUGACACCAAGGGCUUUUUCGACCCCAACACCCAUGAGAACCUCACCUACAUGCAGCUACUGGAGAGAUGUGUUCAAGAUUCAGAGACUGGGUUGUACAUGCUGCAAGUUGUACAGGAAGGAGGGAAGUACUUCUACAUUGAUGAGCUUACAAAACAGGUUUUGCGCUUAAAGCCCCUUAAAGUGAAAGUUGGAAAGUUUAAAGACCAAACAGUUUCUAUCUGGGAAAUUCUCUGCUCUCAUUACAUCUCCGAGCAGAAAAGGAAAGAGCUAGUGAUGCAGUACAAAAGCAAAACCCUAACACUGGAAGACCUUACAGCACUGAUCAUGAAAAUAAUUGAGGAUACAGAGCAAAGAGCAGAAGGCCUCAAGGUUAAAGGACUCCGAGGGUAUGUGUCAAUAUCAGAAUUGUUUAACUCUGAGAUAAUUGACAAGAAAACUCUAGAUCAGCUGCAGGAUGAAAGUCUCACACUUGUGAGCCUCACAGAGAGGGACACCAUCAAAAGGUACUUGGAUGGCACUGGAUGUAUUGCUGGGGUUCUACUCCCAUCAAGGAAAGAGAAGAUGAGCAUCUACCAGGCCCUAAACAAAGGCCUCCUCACAGAGCAAUGUGCAUUGGGGCUGCUGGAGGCGCAGGCUGCCACUGGUUUUCUCAUUGACCCACUGAAAAAUAAGAAGCUAUCCGUGGAUGAGGCUGUCUCAUCUGGGCUGGUGGGGAGAAACUUGCACAAGAAACUCCUGUCAGCAGAGAAAGCCGUGACAGGAUAUGAAGAUCCUCAUACAGGAAAUAAAAUAUCUCUCUUCCAGGCAAUAAGGCAAAAGAUAAUAGUCAAGGAGCAUGGCAUCCGCCUGCUCGAGGCCCAGAUCGCCACCGGUGGAAUCAUUGACCCCGUGAACAGCCAUCGCCUCCCCGUGGAAGUGGCCUACCGGCGCGGGUACCUAGAUGAUGAUAUGUUUAUCCUGCUUUCUGAUCCAGAUCAUGGUACAAAAGGUUUUAUAGAUCCUAAUACUCAUGAGAAAAUCAGUUACAGCCAGCUCCUGCAGAGAUGUUCCAAAGACAGAAAUACUGGAUUGUACCUGCUGCAGGUCAUGGAAAAAGAUGAUGACUAUUUCUACAUUGAUGAGCAUACAAAAACUGCCCUAUUAUGUACAAAGGUGGAAGUGCCUUUUGGAAAAUAUAAAGGACAGGUGUUGUCACUGUGGGAACUUCUCUGUUCUGAGUACAUAACAGAAGAAAAAAGAAAAGAACUGAUAAAAAAAUAUAAAGAUGAAUCCCAUAACAUUCUACAAGGAAUCAUUGAUAUAAUAUUAAAUAUAAUGAAAGAAAAAGAAGAGGACAGAAAUGAUGUCUGGUUCCAAGGAAUCAGGCAACAAAUAACAGCAUCAGAACUUCUAAGUGCAGGAAUCAUUACAGAAGAAACAAUGGAAAACCUGCAUGAAGGAAAAGAAAGGGCACAAGAUAUAGCAAAAAUGGAUACUGUGAGAAAAUACCUAGAGGGAACCGGAAGCAUUGCUGGUGUGCUGGUACCCUCUAAGGCUGACCCCACCAAGAUGGAGAAGAUGAGCAUCUACCAGGCCAUGUGGAAGGGCAUCCUGAGGCAGGGCACGGCUCUGGUGCUGCUGGAGGCGCAGGCUGCCACCGGCUUCCUCAUUGACCCAUGCAAAAACAAGAAGUUCUCUGUGGACGAGGCGGUCUCAUCUGGGCUGGUGGGCAGCGAGCUACAAAAAAAACUUCUUACUGCAGAGAGAGCUGUGACAGGCUACACGGACCCCUGCACAGGAAAAAAGAUGUCCCUCUUCCAGGCCAUGAAGAAGGAGCUCAUUGUCAAGGAGCACGGCAUCCGCCUGCUGGAGGCCCAGAUCGCCACCGGCGGCAUCAUCGACCCCGUGCACAGCCACCGCCUCCCCGUGGAGGUGGCCUACCGGCGCGGCUACUUUGACCAGGAGAUGAACCAGAUCCUCUCCGACCCCAGCGAUGACACCAAGGGCUUCUUCGACCCCAACACCCACGAGAACCUCACCUACAUGCAGCUCCUCCACCGCUGCGUGCCCGACCCGGACACGGGGCUGCUCAUGCUCCAGCUGAUGGACAAGGGCUCCGUGCUCUACCAGCUGACAGAGGAUGCCCGCAAAGCCCUGCAGGACGCCCGCACCACCCUCAGCGUGGGGCUCUUCCAGGGCCAGAGCGUCACCGUCUGGGAGCUCCUCUUCUCCUGCUACGUCCCCGACCACCGGCGCCAGGACCUCCUCCGGAAGUACAAGGCGGGGACGGUCACCAUCUCGGAGAUGAUCACCCUCCUCACCGCCAUCAUCAGCACAGCUGAGGGCCAGGGCCACGGCACCCUGCAGCGGUCCCUGAAGUCCCACACUGUCGAGGUGUCGGCGGGCGGCUUCCAGGGCAGGAAGGUCUCCCUGUGGGAGCUGCUCUUCUCCAAGUAUGUCUCCGAGGCAAAGAGGCAGGAGCUGCUGGGGCAGGCCCGCGCCAGGAGUCUGGCGCUGGACGAGCUGGCAAGGCUCCUCACCGUGCUCGUCGAGGAGGCGGCAGAGCAGAGCAGCAAGAUGAAAUUCCCGGGCCUCAGGAGGCAGGUGACUGCCUCGGAUCUGAACGGCGAGGCCACGGGCCCCUGGCAGGAGCAGGAGCAGGAGCAGGAGCAGGAGCAGCAGCUGCAGCGGUCCCUGAAGUCCCACACUGUCGAGGUGUCGGCGGGCGGCUUCCAGGGCAGGAAGGUCUCCCUGUGGGAGCUGCUCUUCUCCAAGUAUGUCUCCGAGGCAAAGAGGCAGGAGCUGCUGGGGCAGGCCCGCGCCAGGAGUCUGGCGCUGGACGAGCUGGCAAGGCUCCUCACCGUGCUCGUCGAGGAGGCGGCAGAGCAGAGCAGCAAGAUGAAAUUCCCGGGCCUCAGGAGGCAGGUGACUGCCUCGGAUCUGGUGGACUCGGGCAUCAUCGACAAGGACACGCUGGCCGACCUCGUCCAGGGCUCCAAGACCGUGGAGGAGGUGACGGAAAUGGCCUCCGUCAAGCGCUACCUGGACGGCACGGGCUGCAUCGCCGGCGUGCUGGUGCCCUCCAAGGCUGACCCCACCAAGAUGGAGAAGAUGAGCAUCUACCAGGCCAUGUGGAAGGGCAUCCUGAGGCAGGGCACGGCUCUGGUGCUGCUGGAGGCGCAGGCUGCCACCGGCUUCCUCAUUGACCCGCUCACCAACGAGAAGCUCUCUGUGGACGAGGCCAUCUCGUCCGGGCUGGUGGGCAGCGAGCUGCACGAGAAGCUCCUGUCGGCCGAGAGGGCCGUGACAGGCUACACGGACCCCUACACUGGCGACCAGAUCUCCCUCUUCCAGGCCAUGAAGAAGGAGCUCAUUGUCAAAGAGCACGGCAUCCGCCUGCUGGAGGCCCAGAUCGCCACCGGCGGCAUCAUCGACCCCGUGCACAGCCACCGCCUCCCCGUGGAGGUGGCCUACCGGCGCGGCUACUUUGACCAGGAGAUGAACCAGAUCCUCUCCGACCCCAGCGAUGACACCAAGGGCUUCUUCGACCCCAACACCCACGAGAACCUCACCUACAUGCAGCUCCUCCACCGCUGCGUGCCCGACCCGGACACGGGGCUGCUCAUGCUCCAGCUGAUGGACAAGGGCUCCGUGCUCUACCAGCUGACAGAGGAUGCCCGCAAAGCCCUGCAGGACGCCCGCACCACCCUCAGCGUGGGGCUCUUCCAGGGCCAGAGCGUCACCGUCUGGGAGCUCCUCUUCUCCCGCUACGUCCCCGACCACCGGCGCCAGGACCUCCUCCGGAAGUACAAGGCGGGGACGGUCACCAUCUCGGAGAUGAUCACCCUCCUCACCGCCAUCAUCAGCACAGCUGAGGGCCAGGGCCACGGCACCGCCCUGGCCCGCAAGCCAGUGCAGCGCGAGACAGCGCCGCUGGCCGAGAACGGCGAGGCCACGGGCCCCUGGCAGGAGCAGGAGCAGGAGCAGGAGCAGGAGCAGCAGCUGCAGCGGUCCCUGAAGUCCCACACUGUCGAGGUGUCGGCGGGCGGCUUCCAGGGCAGGAAGGUCUCCCUGUGGGAGCUGCUCUUCUCCAAGUAUGUCUCCGAGGCAAAGAGGCAGGAGCUGCUGGGGCAGGCCCGCGCCAGGAGUCUGGCGCUGGACGAGCUGGCAAGGCUCCUCACCGUGCUCGUCGAGGAGGCGGCAGAGCAGAGCAGCAAGAUGAAAUUCCCGGGCCUCAGGAGGCAGGUGACUGCCUCGGAUCUGGUGGACUCGGGCAUCAUCGACAAGGACACGCUGGCCGACCUCGUCCAGGGCUCCAAGACCGUGGAGGAGGUGACGGAAAUGGCCUCCGUCAAGCGCUACCUGGACGGCACGGGCUGCAUCGCCGGCGUGCUGGUGCCCUCCAAGGCUGACCCCACCAAGAUGGAGAAGAUGAGCAUCUACCAGGCCAUGUGGAAGGGCAUCCUGAGGCAGGGCACGGCUCUGGUGCUGCUGGAGGCGCAGGCUGCCACCGGCUUCCUCAUUGACCCGCUCACCAACGAGAAGCUCUCUGUGGACGAGGCCAUCUCGUCCGGGCUGGUGGGCAGCGAGCUGCACGAGAAGCUCCUGUCGGCUGAGAGGGCCGUGACAGGCUACACGGACCCCUACACUGGCGACCAGAUGUCCCUCUUCCAGGCCAUGAAGAAGGAGCUCAUUGUCAAGGAGCACGGCAUCCGCCUGCUGGAGGCCCAGAUCGCCACCGGCGGCAUCAUCGACCCCGUGCACAGCCACCGCCUCCCCGUGGAGGUGGCCUACCGGCGCGGCUACUUUGACCAGGAGAUGAACCAGAUCCUCUCCGACCCCAGCGAUGACACCAAGGGCUUCUUCGACCCCAACACCCACGAGAACCUCACCUACAUGCAGCUCCUCCACCGCUGCGUGCCCGACCCGGACACGGGGCUGCUCAUGCUCCAGCUGAUGGACAAGGGCUCCGUGCUCUACCAGCUGACAGAGGAUGCCCGCAAAGCCCUGCAGGACGCCCGCACCACCCUCAGCGUGGGGCUCUUCCAGGGCCAGAGCGUCACCGUCUGGGAGCUCCUCUUCUCCCGCUACGUCCCCGACCACCGGCGCCAGGACCUCCUCCGGAAGUACAAGGCGGGGACGGUCACCAUCUCGGAGAUGAUCACCCUCCUCACCGCCAUCAUCAGCACAGCUGAGGGCCAGGGCCACGGCACCGCCCUGGCCCGCAAGCCAGUGCAGCGCGAGACAGCGCCGCUGGCCGAGAACGGCGAGGCCACGGGCCCCUGGCAGGAGCAGGAGCAGGAGCAGGAGCAGGAGCAGCAGCUGCAGCGGUCCCUGAAGUCCCACACUGUCGAGGUGUCGGCGGGCGGCUUCCAGGGCAGGAAGGUCUCCCUGUGGGAGCUGCUCUUCUCCAAGUAUGUCUCCGAGGCAAAGAGGCAGGAGCUGCUGGGGCAGGCCCGCGCCAGGAGUCUGGCGCUGGACGAGCUGGCAAGGCUCCUCACCGUGCUCGUCGAGGAGGCGGCAGAGCAGAGCAGCAAGAUGAAAUUCCCGGGCCUCAGGAGGCAGGUGACUGCCUCGGAUCUGGUGGACUCGGGCAUCAUCGACAAGGACACGCUGGCCGACCUCGUCCAGGGCUCCAAGACCGUGGAGGAGGUGACGGAAAUGGCCUCCGUCAAGCGCUACCUGGACGGCACGGGCUGCAUCGCCGGCGUGCUGGUGCCCUCCAAGGCUGACCCCACCAAGAUGGAGAAGAUGAGCAUCUACCAGGCCAUGUGGAAGGGCAUCCUGAGGCAGGGCACGGCUCUGGUGCUGCUGGAGGCGCAGGCUGCCACCGGCUUCCUCAUUGACCCGCUCACCAACGAGAAGCUCUCUGUGGACGAGGCCAUCUCGUCCGGGCUGGUGGGCAGCGAGCUGCACGAGAAGCUCCUGUCGGCCGAGAGGGCCGUGACAGGCUACACGGACCCCUACACUGGCGACCAGAUGUCCCUCUUCCAGGCCAUGAAGAAGGAGCUCAUUGUCAAGGAGCACGGCAUCCGCCUGCUGGAGGCCCAGAUCGCCACCGGCGGCAUCAUCGACCCCGUGCACAGCCACCGCCUCCCCGUGGAGGUGGCCUACCGGCGCGGCUACUUUGACCAGGAGAUGAACCAGAUCCUCUCCGACCCCAGCGAUGACACCAAGGGCUUCUUCGACCCCAACACCCACGAGAACCUCACCUACAUGCAGCUCCUCCACCGCUGCGUGCCCGACCCGGACACGGGGCUGCUCAUGCUCCAGCUGAUGGACAAGGGCUCCGUGCUCUACCAGCUGACAGAGGAUGCCCGCAAAGCCCUGCAGGACGCCCGCACCACCCUCAGCGUGGGGCUCUUCCAGGGCCAGAGCGUCACCGUCUGGGAGCUCCUCUUCUCCCGCUACGUCCCCGACCACCGGCGCCAGGACCUCCUCCGGAAGUACAAGGCGGGGACGGUCACCAUCUCGGAGAUGAUCACCCUCCUCACCGCCAUCAUCAGCACAGCUGAGGGCCAGGGCCACGGCACCGCCCUGGCCCGCAAGCCAGUGCAGCGCGAGACAGCGCCGCUGGCCGAGAACGGCGAGGCCACGGGCCCCUGGCAGGAGCAGGAGCAGGAGCAGGAGCAGGAGCAGCAGCUGCAGCGGUCCCUGAAGUCCCACACUGUCGAGGUGUCGGCGGGCGGCUUCCAGGGCAGGAAGGUCUCCCUGUGGGAGCUGCUCUUCUCCAAGUAUGUCUCCGAGGCAAAGAGGCAGGAGCUGCUGGGGCAGGCCCGCGCCAGGAGUCUGGCGCUGGACGAGCUGGCAAGGCUCCUCACCGUGCUCGUCGAGGAGGCGGCAGAGCAGAGCAGCAAGAUGAAAUUCCCGGGCCUCAGGAGGCAGGUGACUGCCUCGGAUCUGGUGGACUCGGGCAUCAUCGACAAGGACACGCUGGCCGACCUCGUCCAGGGCUCCAAGACCGUGGAGGAGGUGACGGAAAUGGCCUCCGUCAAGCGCUACCUGGACGGCACGGGCUGCAUCGCCGGCGUGCUGGUGCCCUCCAAGGCUGACCCCACCAAGAUGGAGAAGAUGAGCAUCUACCAGGCCAUGUGGAAGGGCAUCCUGAGGCAGGGCACGGCUCUGGUGCUGCUGGAGGCGCAGGCUGCCACCGGCUUCCUCAUUGACCCGCUCACCAACGAGAAGCUCUCUGUGGACGAGGCCAUCUCGUCCGGGCUGGUGGGCAGCGAGCUGCACGAGAAGCUCCUGUCGGCCGAGAGGGCCGUGACAGGCUACACGGACCCCUACACUGGCGACCAGAUCUCCCUCUUCCAGGCCAUGAAGAAGGAGCUCAUUGUCAAGGAGCACGGCAUCCGCCUGCUGGAGGCCCAGAUCGCCACCGGCGGCAUCAUCGACCCCGUGCACAGCCACCGCCUCCCCGUGGAGGUGGCCUACCGGCGCGGCUACUUUGACCAGGAGAUGAACCAGAUCCUCUCCGACCCCAGCGAUGACACCAAGGGCUUCUUCGACCCCAACACCCACGAGAACCUCACCUACAUGCAGCUCCUCCACCGCUGCGUGCCCGACCCGGACACGGGGCUGCUCAUGCUCCAGCUGAUGGACAAGGGCUCCGUGCUCUACCAGCUGACAGAGGAUGCCCGCAAAGCCCUGCAGGAUGCCCGCACCACCCUCAGCGUGGGGCUCUUCCAGGGCCAGAGCGUCACCGUCUGGGAGCUCCUCUUCUCCCGCUACGUCCCCGACCACCGGCGCCAGGACCUCCUCCGGAAGUACAAGGCGGGGACGGUCACCAUCUCGGAGAUGAUCACCCUCCUCACCGCCAUCAUCAGCACAGCUGAGGGCCAGGGCCACGGCACCGCCCUGGCCCGCAAGCCAGUGCAGCGCGAGACAGCGCCGCUGGCCGAGAACGGCGAGGCCACGGGCCCCUGGCAGGAGCAGGAGCAGGAGCAGGAGCAGGAGCAGCAGCUGCAGCGGUCCCUGAAGUCCCACACUGUCGAGGUGUCGGCGGGCGGCUUCCAGGGCAGGAAGGUCUCCCUGUGGGAGCUGCUCUUCUCCAAGUAUGUCUCCGAGGCAAAGAGGCAGGGGCUGCUGGGGCAGGCCCGCGCCAGGAGUCUGGCGCUGGACGAGCUGGCAAGGCUCCUCACCGUGCUCGUCGAGGAGGCGGCAGAGCAGAGCAGCAAGAUGAAAUUCCCGGGCCUCAGGAGGCAGGUGACUGCCUCGGAUCUGGUGGACUCGGGCAUCAUCGACAAGGACACGCUGGCCGACCUCGUCCAGGGCUCCAAGACCGUGGAGGAGGUGACGGAAAUGGCCUCCGUCAAGCGCUACCUGGACGGCACGGGCUGCAUCGCCGGCGUGCUGGUGCCCUCCAAGGCUGACCCCACCAAGAUGGAGAAGAUGAGCAUCUACCAGGCCAUGUGGAAGGGCAUCCUGAGGCAGGGCACGGCUCUGGUGCUGCUGGAGGCGCAGGCUGCCACCGGCUUCCUCAUUGACCCGCUCACAAACGAGAAGCUCUCUGUGGACGAGGCCAUCUCGUCCGGGCUGGUGGGCAGCGAGCUGCACGAGAAGCUCCUGUCGGCCGAGAGGGCCGUGACAGGCUACACGGACCCCUACACUGGCGACCAGAUGUCCCUCUUCCAGGCCAUGAAGAAGGAGCUCAUUGUCAAGGAGCACGGCAUCCGCCUGCUGGAGGCCCAGAUCGCCACCGGCGGCAUCAUCGACCCCGUGCACAGCCACCGCCUCCCCGUGGAGGUGGCCUACCGGCGCGGCUACUUUGACCAGGAGAUGAACCAGAUCCUCUCCGACCCCAGCGAUGACACCAAGGGCUUCUUCGACCCCAACACCCACGAGAACCUCACCUACAUGCAGCUCCUCCACCGCUGCGUGCCCGACCCGGACACGGGGCUGCUCAUGCUCCAGCUGAUGGACAAGGGCUCCGUGCUCUACCAGCUGACAGAGGAUGCCCGCAAAGCCCUGCAGGACGCCCGCACCACCCUCAGCGUGGGGCUCUUCCAGGGCCAGAGCGUCACCGUCUGGGAGCUCCUCUUCUCCCGCUACGUCCCCGACCACCGGCGCCAGGACCUCCUCCGGAAGUACAAGGCGGGGACGGUCACCAUCUCGGAGAUGAUCACCCUCCUCACCGCCAUCAUCAGCACAGCUGAGGGCCAGGGCCACGGCACCGCCCUGGCCCGCAAGCCAGUGCAGCGCGAGACAGCGCCGCUGGCCGAGAACGGCGAGGCCACGGGCCCCUGGCAGGAGCAGGAGCAGGAGCAGGAGCAGGAGCAGCAGCUGCAGCGGUCCCUGAAGUCCCACACUGUCGAGGUGUCGGCGGGCGGCUUCCAGGGCAGGAAGGUCUCCCUGUGGGAGCUGCUCUUCUCCAAGUAUGUCUCCGAGGCAAAGAGGCAGGAGCUGCUGGGGCAGGCCCGCGCCAGGAGUCUGGCGCUGGACGAGCUGGCAAGGCUCCUCACCGUGCUCGUCGAGGAGGCGGCAGAGCAGAGCAGCAAGAUGAAAUUCCCGGGCCUCAGGAGGCAGGUGACUGCCUCGGAUCUGGUGGACUCGGGCAUCAUCGACAAGGACACGCUGGCCGACCUCGUCCAGGGCUCCAAGACCGUGGAGGAGGUGACGGAAAUGGCCUCCGUCAAGUGCUACCUGGACGGCACGGGCUGCAUCGCCGGCGUGCUGGUGCCCUCCAAGGCUGACCCCACCAAGAUGGAGAAGAUGAGCAUCUACCAGGCCAUGUGGAAGGGCAUCCUGAGGCAGGGCACGGCUCUGGUGCUGCUGGAGGCGCAGGCUGCCACCGGCUUCCUCAUUGACCCGCUCACCAACGAGAAGCUCUCUGUGGACGAGGCCAUCUCGUCCGGGCUGGUGGGCAGCGAGCUGCACGAGAAGCUCCUGUCGGCCGAGAGGGCCGUGACAGGCUACACGGACCCCUACACUGGCGACCAGAUCUCCCUCUUCCAGGCCAUGAAGAAGGAGCUCAUUGUCAAGGAGCACGGCAUCCGCCUGCUGGAGGCCCAGAUCGCCACCGGCGGCAUCAUCGACCCCGUGCACAGCCACCGCCUCCCCGUGGAGGUGGCCUACCGGCGCGGCUACUUUGACCAGGAGAUGAACCAGAUCCUCUCCGACCCCAGCGAUGACACCAAGGGCUUCUUCGACCCCAACACCCACGAGAACCUCACCUACAUGCAGCUCCUCCACCGCUGCGUGCCCGACCCGGACACGGGGCUGCUCAUGCUCCAGCUGAUGGACAAGGGCUCCGUGCUCUACCAGCUGACAGAGGAUGCCCGCAAAGCCCUGCAGGACGCCCGCACCACCCUCAGCGUGGGGCUCUUCCAGGGCCAGAGCGUCACCGUCUGGGAGCUCCUCUUCUCCCGCUACGUCCCCGACCACCGGCGCCAGGACCUCCUCCGGAAGUACAAGGCGGGGACGGUCACCAUCUCGGAGAUGAUCACCCUCCUCACCGCCAUCAUCAGCACAGCUGAGGGCCAGGGCCACGGCACCGCCCUGGCCCGCAAGCCAGUGCAGCGCGAGACAGCGCCGCUGGCCGAGAACGGCGAGGCCACGGGCCCCUGGCAGGAGCAGGAGCAGGAGCAGGAGCAGGAGCAGCAGCUGCAGCGGUCCCUGAAGUCCCACACUGUCGAGGUGUCGGCGGGCGGCUUCCAGGGCAGGAAGGUCUCCCUGUGGGAGCUGCUCUUCUCCAAGUAUGUCUCCGAGGCAAAGAGGCAGGAGCUGCUGGGGCAGGCCCGCGCCAGGAGUCUGGCGCUGGACGAGCUGGCAAGGCUCCUCACCGUGCUCGUCGAGGAGGCGGCAGAGCAGAGCAGCAAGAUGAAAUUCCCGGGCCUCAGGAGGCAGGUGACUGCCUCGGAUCUGGUGGACUCGGGCAUCAUCGACAAGGACACGCUGGCCGACCUCGUCCAGGGCUCCAAGACCGUGGAGGAGGUGACGGAAAUGGCCUCCGUCAAGCGCUACCUGGACGGCACGGGCUGCAUCGCCGGCGUGCUGGUGCCCUCCAAGGCUGACCCCACCAAGAUGGAGAAGAUGAGCAUCUACCAGGCCAUGUGGAAGGGCAUCCUGAGGCAGGGCACGGCUCUGGUGCUGCUGGAGGCGCAGGCUGCCACCGGCUUCCUCAUUGACCCGCUCACCAACGAGAAGCUCUCUGUGGACGAGGCCAUCUCGUCCGGGCUGGUGGGCAGCGAGCUGCACGAGAAGCUCCUGUCGGCCGAGAGGGCCGUGACAGGCUACACGGACCCCUACACUGGCGACCAGAUCUCCCUCUUCCAGGCCAUGAAGAAGGAGCUCAUUGUCAAGGAGCACGGCAUCCGCCUGCUGGAGGCCCAGAUCGCCACCGGCGGCAUCAUCGACCCCGUGCACAGCCACCGCCUCCCCGUGGAGGUGGCCUACCGGCGCGGCUACUUUGACCAGGAGAUGAACCAGAUCCUCUCCGACCCCAGCGAUGACACCAAGGGCUUCUUCGACCCCAACACCCACGAGAACCUCACCUACAUGCAGCUCCUCCACCGCUGCGUGCCCGACCCGGACACGGGGCUGCUCAUGCUCCAGCUGAUGGACAAGGGCUCCGUGCUCUACCAGCUGACAGAGGAUGCCCGCAAAGCCCUGCAGGACGCCCGCACCACCCUCAGCGUGGGGCUCUUCCAGGGCCAGAGCGUCACCGUCUGGGAGCUCCUCUUCUCCCGCUACGUCCCCGACCACCGGCGCCAGGACCUCCUCCGGAAGUACAAGGCGGGGACGGUCACCAUCUCGGAGAUGAUCACCCUCCUCACCGCCAUCAUCAGCACAGCUGAGGGCCAGGGCCACGGCACCGCCCUGGCCCGCAAGCCAGUGCAGCGCGAGACAGCGCCGCUGGCCGAGAACGGCGAGGCCACGGGCCCCUGGCAGGAGCAGGAGCAGGAGCAGGAGCAGGAGCAGCAGCUGCAGCGGUCCCUGAAGUCCCACACUGUCGAGGUGUCGGCGGGCGGCUUCCAGGGCAGGAAGGUCUCCCUGUGGGAGCUGCUCUUCUCCAAGUAUGUCUCCGAGGCAAAGAGGCAGGAGCUGCUGGGGCAGGCCCGCGCCAGGAGUCUGGCGCUGGACGAGCUGGCAAGGCUCCUCACCGUGCUCGUCGAGGAGGCGGCAGAGCAGAGCAGCAAGAUGAAAUUCCCGGGCCUCAGGAGGCAGGUGACUGCCUCGGAUCUGGUGGACUCGGGCAUCAUCGACAAGGACACGCUGGCCGACCUCGUCCAGGGCUCCAAGACCGUGGAGGAGGUGACGGAAAUGGCCUCCGUCAAGUGCUACCUGGACGGCACGGGCUGCAUCGCCGGCGUGCUGGUGCCCUCCAAGGCUGACCCCACCAAGAUGGAGAAGAUGAGCAUCUACCAGGCCAUGUGGAAGGGCAUCCUGAGGCAGGGCACGGCUCUGGUGCUGCUGGAGGCGCAGGCUGCCACCGGCUUCCUCAUUGACCCGCUCACCAACGAGAAGCUCUCUGUGGACGAGGCCAUCUCGUCCGGGCUGGUGGGCAGCGAGCUGCACGAGAAGCUCCUGUCGGCCGAGAGGGCCGUGACAGGCUACACGGACCCCUACACUGGCGACCAGAUCUCCCUCUUCCAGGCCAUGAAGAAGGAGCUCAUUGUCAAGGAGCACGGCAUCCGCCUGCUGGAGGCCCAGAUCGCCACCGGUGGCAUCAUCGACCCCGUGCACAGCCACCGCCUCCCCGUGGAGGUGGCCUACCGGCGCGGCUACUUUGACCAGGAGAUGAACCAGAUCCUCUCCGACCCCAGCAAUGACACCAAGGGCUUCUUCGACCCCAACACCCACGAGAACCUCACCUACAUGCAGCUCCUCCACCGCUGCGUGCCCGACCCAAUGACUGGUCUUUAUUUCCUUCAAGGUUAUUCCCCAAAGACAAUGCAGAAGAUGAGUGGAUCCCCUCAGAACAACAAGUCAAGCAACAUGGGAAGUAACCUGCUAGAUAUGGGUGAGGGUGGGAGCAGCUUCAUAGCUGGAGUCUUCAUCCAGACCAUGAAUAAGAAGAUGAGUAUCUAUGAUGCCAUGAUGAGGGGGCUCCUGACACCAGGCACGGCCCUGGUGCUGCUGGAGGCGCAGGCUGCUUCAGGGUUCCUCACCGACCCUGUGAAGAAUGAGAAGCUGUCGGUGAAAGAGGCGCUGACUGCAGGACUCAUAGGCAGAGAUUUUUAUGAGAAGCUCCUGUCGGCAGAGGGGGCCGUGACAGGGUACACAGAGCCAUACACAGGACACAAGAUCUCCCUCUUCCAGGCCAUGAAGAAAGAGUUCAUCGUCAAGGAGCAUGCUAUCCGCCUGCUCGAGGCCCAGAUCGCCACCGGCGGCAUCAUCGACCCCGUGCACAGCCACCGCCUCCCCGUGGAGGUGGCCUACAAGCGUGGCUACUUUGACCAGGAGAUGUGUCAGUUUCUUUCUAACCCCAAGAACCAAACAAGAAGUUGCUUCGAUCCCAACACACAUGAAAACCUGACUUAUACACAGCUCCUCCGCCGCUGCGUGCCCGACCCGGACACGGGGCUGCUUAUGCUGCAUGUGAUGGACAAGGGCUCCGUGCUCUACCAGCUGAACAAGGAUGCCCGCAAAGCCCUGCAGGACGCCCGCACCACCCUCAGCGUGGGGCUCUUCCAGGGCCAGAGCGUCACCGUCUGGGAGCUCCUCUUCUCCCGCUAUAUUCCUGAUCACCAGAGAGAGGAGCUGUUGAGGAAAUACAAGGCGGGGACGGUCACCAUCCCGGAGAUGAUCACCAUCCUCACCACCAUCAUCACCAGGGCAGAAACGGAAAAAAGGGAUCUGAGCUCAUCCACAGUUAUACCCAACAACGAGGUGAGAACAUCACAACCAGUUCAGGAUACACAGUCCCAGGAGCAACAGUUGAGAAAGUCCUUAAAGUCUGCAACCAUCUAUGUCACUGCUGGUGAGUUCCAGGGGCAAAAUAUUUCCUUGCUUGAUCUGCUCUUUUCCAAAUACAUCCCUCAAGGGAAGCGGCAGGAGCUGCUGGAGCUGUACAGAGCAGGGAUACUGACCACAGAACAGGUGGCUACUGUGGUCACCACCAUCAUAAACAGAACAGAAUCUGCAAAUGCCAUGCUCAUGGCAAGUGCCAGAAGUCCACACAAGGCGGUGACAAGAGCAGAGGAAAAUGGAGAUGAUUUUUCAACACAAGAUGAACAGCUAGAUAACAUCUUGAAGUCUACCACCGUUGAUGUGCCAGCUGGUGAGUUCCAGGGGAAGGAGGUCUCUGUGUGGGACCUGCUCUUCUCCGACUACAUCCCUGAGGAAAAAAGGCAGGAACUCCUGGAGCUGUACCGUGAAAGGGUAUUAACUGUGGAGCAGAUGAUAACUGUUGUCACCACUGUCAUUAAGAAAAAAGAAACUACAAGCAGAAAAUUCCUAAUUGCAGACAAAACUUCUGGCAAGGACACUGUGUCAGCAGCAGAAGAGAAGGAAGACGACUCCACCAAAGAAGAACCAUGGGAAACAGCCUUGAAAACCACAGUUGUUGAUGUAGAGGUUGGAGAGUUUCAGGGCCACAAGGUAUCUGUGUGGGACCUGCUCCACUCCAAGUACAUCCCCGAGGAGAACAGAAAGGAGCUCCUGGAGCUGUACCAGGCAGGAGAGUUAACCCUUGACCAGGUGAAAACCAUUGUCAGCACUAUUGUAACCAAGGCAGAAGCAGCAAGGGCAGAGCAACUGGCAAAUGCGAGUGGUCCAAGAGCAGAGUCAACAGUCGCAGAAGCUGAGCACACCUGCCGGCAGGACAGGACCUGGGAAGAGACCCUGAAGUCCACCACAGUUGAGAUGUCAAUGGAUGAGUUCCAGGGGAAGGAGGUCUCUGUGUGGGACCUGCUCUUCUCUGACUACAUCCCUGAGGAGAAAAGGCAGGAGCUCCUGGAGCUGUACUGUGCAGGGACAUUGGCCUUGGAGCGGUUAAUAAUUGUUAUCACUGCUCUCAUUAAGAAAAAAGCAUCUACAGGCAGGAAAUUCCUAAUUGCAGUCAAGACUUCUGAUAAGGACACUGUGUCAGCAGAAGAGAAGGAAGACGACUCCACCAAAGAAGAACCAUGGGAAACAGCCUUGAAAACCACAGUUGUUGAUGUGGAGGUUGGAGAGUUUCAGGGCCACAAGGUAUCUGUGUGGGACCUGCUCCACUCCAAGUACAUCCCCGAGGAGAACAGAAAGGAGCUCCUGGAGCUGUACCAGGCAGGAGAGUUAACCCUUGACCAGGUGAAAACCGUUGUCAGCACUAUUGUAACCAAGGCAGAAGCAGCAAGGGCAGAGCAACUGGCAAAUGCGAGUGGUCCAAGAGCAGAGUCAACAGUCGCAGAAGCUGAGCACACCUGCCGGCAGGACAGGACCUGGGAAGAGACCCUGAAGUCCACCACAGUUGAGAUGUCAAUGGAUGAGUUCCAGGGGAAGGAGGUCUCUGUGUGGGACCUGCUCUUCUCUGACUACAUCCCUGAGGAGAAAAGGCAGGAGCUCCUGGAGCUGUACCGUGCAGGGACACUCACCAUUCAGGAACUAGUCAGCACCACCAGCAGUAUUGUGACAGACAGCAAAGAAAGGCAUCUUGCAACCCUUCCCCAGCAGACAGUGGAUCUCCUCCAGUCUGAGGGCUCCUACAUUACUUUUGGCCCAUUCCAGGAGCAGAGGGUAUCAGUGUGGGAGCUCCUCUCCAGCAAGCAAGUCUCCGAAUACAAACGAGAGGCACAUCUCGACACUUAUGGCACAGGAGGGCUGACCGUGAACAAGAUCACCAUCACCACUACUGUCAUCAUAGGCCCACAGCACAAGAAAAGACACCACUAG